GAAAACGGCCCAAAUGCGACGUCGCACCAUCUUCUGUGGCGCGAAGAGACGGACAGCAGCAGAGAUGAUUUGUAGUUCUUGCUGAACGCAACAGGACUAUUUAUUUCUGAGCUCUCUGAAGCCUGAAGAUGGAGUGCCCAAGUUGUGGUCAUAAUAUUUCAGAAAAAGGAGCCAAAUUUUGCAGUAAUUGUGGCCAAAAGCUUUCUGCUCAACCGGCAAACACACAGGAUGCAGAAAAUCAGCCUAAAUCUUUGGUAGCAGAGUCGGAAAGAAGACCAGACGAACCCGAGUCUCCGCAAAAUGUUCAACUUUCAGAAAACAAGUCCAACAUAUCUUCUAAACGACUGAAUGAUGAACAACCCAACCCGAAGAAAAAGAAAAAAAAGAGAAAGAAGGGCAAAAAGAAGAAAGAGGCCCAGGCGUCAUCUGAUCCAGAUCAAAGCCUGUCUGACCGGUCUCUCGUUUCUCUGGGAGACAACCAAGGGAAGAAGAAACAUAACAGAGGAGACGCCACAGACAGUGAAAGCUCUGACGACAUUGCGAAAGAUGCACCAGACUCACUCCAAGAGGAUUUCCACUCACUUGAAUCACAGCCUAGUUCAUUAACUGAUACAGCUGCCUCCUCUGAAAACACUCAGGUCACACAGAGUAAAAAGCCUGCAUCCAUAGAAGAUGCCACUACAGCAGGUCGGUCCAAGGAGGACACGGUUAAGGCUAAAGAGGGGGAGAGUGAUGCACAGACGUCAGCUCAGGAUCAAACACCCAACGCAGGAGCAGCUGAUGCUCCAGCUCAACCUCCCACCUCAAAGACUAAGAAGACCUCUCAGUUGGGUUCAGCAGAGCAGACCAAACUGGCUGAUGGGAAGGACAAACAAACGACUAGUAAAAAAUACCAAAAGGACAAAAAAGAAUCUGCCAACGCCGCACAAUCUCCUCUGAAUCUGAAUGCUGAUUUAAGUCAAAAUACAAAACAGACUGGAGAACUGAAACUGAAUGAAAAAGACCAGAACAAUCAGAAACGGAAGGACACAAAGGACAGUCAGAAACAGAAGGAGACAAAGGACAUUCAGAAACCGGAGAGAAAAGACAAUCCGAAACAGAAGGAGACAAAAGACAAUCAGACACAGAAGGAGACAAAAGACAGUCAGAAACAGAAGGAAGAAAAAAAUCAAGCUGAUCAGAAACCGAAAGGAAAAGUUCAGCAAGACCAGAAACACAAGCAGAGUUCAGGCCCAUCAAAGGCAGAUACCUCAGGUUCCAGUGUGGACCCUGAGGACCCAGUGGAGAACAUGGAUGUUGAAGAGUCUGGGGAUAUGAAGAACAAAAUCUCAGAUAAUGACGGAGAAAGUGUUGAGGCCAGUAAGGGUACUUCAGACACCCAAACAGUAGCACCACCCACAAGGCCGACCCAGAGCAAGAAUAUUACUGCUCGUAACAGACUCACAAUUUACUUCCACGCAGUUCUAUCAAAGCAUUUUAAAUUCAAUCCUUUGGAAGAUCGAGUCUUCAUCAAAGCUGGGUUCCCUAUUGGUUCAUGGGAGGAAAAUGCAGCCGAGUUGACUGUGACCAGGGAUCUUGGAGAACAUGGAUUUCUGAUCGAAGGCACUCUGACAACAAUUAAAAGUGAAGCUGUAUCUGAAUCGAUACCAUACAAAUAUGUUGUUUAUAAUUUUAAAAAGAAGGCAUAUGAGUAUGAGUAUAUUUACAAACAGGAGUCUUCCCAAAACCCUACCAACAGGUGUUUGUUUGUGAAACCCCACCUCAUCACUGAUGAUGGGGACUGGCAUCAGUAUGAUGACAUCAUUUGUGCUGAACCAUCAAAAAAUGUCCUUAAACGCUUGAAGGAAACCUUGUGGCCUGAACAGCGUAAAAAUUUGAUUCAAGGCAGAGAGAUUGCAGGACAUAUAAUGUUGAAUAACAUAUUUGAUCUCCUCAAGAGUUGGAGUGAUGCAAAUCUGAGAAGCUUUAAAAUUCAGCUGAAUCAGUUCUUUCAGGUUUAUGGGAACCCUUUUGUGUAUGAAGAGAGAGGAAAGAGAUGGCACUCCUUGCAGUUUGGGGAAGAUGAUGUGAAAAAUAUGCUGAAAGAGUUCAUGCUGACAAACGUGAUUCCUCAACUGAGAGAUGGCGAAACAAAAAAUCUGUACAUUCAAGACCCCUUGAGAGCAGCUGUGAUCAUGCUUCAUGUGUGGUGGCAGUAUAAAAUCAUCCUUAAUAAUGCUGAGCUCCAUCGCCUCUGUAAAGCAUUGUGCUUGCCCAAACUAGAAAAUGAGAGUUUUCUUCAGUACUGGAUGCAGUUUUCUCAGGAUGUUUCAGUUUUCCAAACAUUGCCAGAAAUAUUAGUGCAUCUGAUUAAAAAGGUAAAAACUGAGGGGAUGCCUCGAUGGAUUAUGGUACUGCCUCUCCUUCACCUCCUCAAAGGCUCAGUCAAACCUUUUCAAGCAAAAACUUCAGGCAACAUGAAAUACACCAUAUUCUGGGCUGGUUUGGAAGGUCUUGACAUUGGCAACGUUACAUACACAAGCAGCCAAGACAAAAAAGCACUCUUAAAUGUGAUGAAAACAAACACUCACUUGAUGAAGGUGGAUGCUCUUUCAAUUCGAUCCUGCUUGUACCUGAUGCCACUUGAUGAACUGUUGGAGUGCACCAUCUGCAUAAACCCUGAACUUUUGGACCUGCUCUUUGUUUUCUAUAAUAAAGUUCCUCAGGACAUUACCAGCAGCAAUUCUCACUUGGUAACCGAAAUUCUCAUCCACAUCCAAGAGCUUCUCCUUCAGGAAAACUUCAGUUACUUCACUGAGGCCUACAGGAAAGAGUGCUUGGCUACAGCUGUGAGACUGUUAGAGAAGAUCUGCAAAGGUGUCAAACCUUCAUCAUACACACAAAACUUUCCUGAUAUUCCCAUAGCCUGCAUGAAUCUGGUUGCAUCAGUGUCAGACUUUUUUCAGUGUGACAAGGAACAGGAGGACCAACAAGAUGAAAAAAAUCAGCAAUUUGCAAAGGACUUGGUGAUGUCACAGGGGAUGGGAAUAAUGAGAGACUGGAUGACUCAGUCUUUCAGACAGUCUUUGCUCGGUGGGGCUCUAUCUUCCUUUUUUCAAGCUAAAACAGCAGAGCUAGAAAUAUGGAACAACUUAAUCUCUAUUAACUUUAAAGAUGAAGACUGCACUAAAGAAUGGAGACAAAAGUUCACUAUGGAUUUUGAGGGCAGGUACAAACAGGAAUCUGAUCUGAAUCAAAUUGAAUUCUACUGCACAAACAUAGAAGAACUUAGUGCUUCCCAUCCACAUGUUGCUGCCAGCAUUGAAAAGUGUGCUCUGGAAGCUGUUACGUCUUUGUGUCAGACAAGAUCUGAAGGCAGACUUUUUGAGAAGUUUAGGAUCAACUGGAAGUUUGGUAAACUCAUCUCUGCCAUCACUGAAAAAUCUUGGCCAAGGGACAAUCAUGGAAAUUAUCAAGAAGAUGAAGAAGUGGUCCUUCAACACCUCCUCUCUUGGACAGCUGCUAAAGACAUUUUACAGCUACACGGUGCAGAUCAGAAGCUGAUUGAGACACUUUCUCAAGAUGCCAGGGACAGACUUGCCAUAGCAAUAUCAUCAUUCACAGCCAUAAACAAUCAGCUGAUCCAGGGACACAUUAAGAUCAACCUGCUCAACAUCAUUUUGGAGAGAAAAGCUGCCUUCUUAGAGCUGAUGAAAAUUGAUUGCCUGUCUGAGAAAGAACAGUACAAAGAUGAGCACAAACUUGUAACUUUGUUGGAGCACAGACAAAGAGAAGUGAAAGCUCUGUACCGUGAAAAGGAGCUUGUAGAAGUCAUUUUAACAAUGUGUCGCAAACUUGAGGAACACAUGACCGUUGAUGUUGCUUACUUGAAGGAGAAAACCCGAAUCAACAUUGAGAUGUCAUCUUUGGACCAUUUUAUGGAGGUUAAUCAGUUCGACCAAAUGGACUGUGACCCAUUGACCGGCAUUGUUACCUAUUUCAACUUGGAUGAAGACAUCAGAGACAUGGCAAAAAACCUGUUUGCCUUCAAAGACAGUCAUGUUUUCAAAAUGUGUUGGGAGAAAAACGCCAUAAUCCUGGCCAGGGAUGAAAUGGAAGAUGAUGAGGACAUAAAGGCAACACCAGACAUGAUAUACAGUGACAUUUACUUUCCUUGUAUUCAUGAAUACAAAGACAUAUAUGUUCGUUUGAAGAAAGGCAGCAUAAGGAUUGAAGAAAUUGAACAGCUUUUUGGAGCAUUCAAAGACAAAUAUGUUAAACUCACUCAGGAGCUGGACACCAUGUGUAAACUUGAGAAAUCUGCCAACAAACAAUGGAUACACACCAGGGUUGAACAGGUCAAAGAGUAUCAUGAGCUUCACCUGGCUGUGGCCUCGGCUGAAGUUAUCAUGAAGGUCAAAGAGACACUUGGUCUUCAAGGGGACUUCAGUGUUUUGGAAACACUCAUGAAUGUCAUUCAUGCAGAUUUUCAAAAGGAACCAAUUAGUCGAAUUGACAUCGACCUAAUGCAGGCAAAGACGGUUCUGGUUGACAUUACGGAGUCACGCAGGCAGUGUCUAGAUGAACUAAAACUCAGAGGACACUUUGUGAGAUGGGUGAAGGAUGCCCUUGAGGAUAUUAACGAGUUGAAGGUGUUUGUGGACUUGGCUUCCAUCUCUGCUGGGGAGAAUGAUAUGGAUGUGGAUCGGGUUGCUUGCUUCCAUGAUGCGGUCCUCGGCUAUGCUUCAGUGCUUUAUGAACUCAAACCAGACUCUGGCUUUCGCGCCUUUAAAGAAGUGCUCAACAAGCUCUGGAGAGCUUUGGAAAAUGACAAGAAUCUACCUAAAAAACUACGUGACAGUGCACGUCAUCUGGAGUGGCUAAAAACUGUAAAGGACAGCCAUGGAUCUGUGGAGCUUUCAUCUCUCUCAUUAGCUUCAACCAUCAACAACAAGGGAAUCUACCUAAUCAAUGCACAAAAUGUCAAGCUGUUGACACUUGAAAGUGCCAUGAAGCUGCAGAUUCCAGAGGAGCAUGACGACUGUCUGCACAUGCGCAGCUACUCUCUUGAAGAUCUGAGAGAGCUGCAGAACAAACUUAUGCUCAUGUCUGGAAAAGGAGAUCAAGGGCAAAUCGAAGUUGAUCAUUUUGUAGAGGUUUUUGCCAGUGUUCAAAGACUAACUGAGGCCUUCAUUGCUCUUUACUCUGCUGGAAAUCCUCUGUUCAGACACUGGGAAGUGCAAAUAAACUGCUCCUCAAGUCAAAAUGAACCCAGCAUUGUGAUGGACUUUAAUUUAGACAAAUUUCUCAGCGUUGUAGUAGAGGGCAGCAUAGAGGAGCAGCUUCCUGAACUUUGCAGAAAAAUGGAGAAAUGUCUGGACUACUGGAUGGAUUUUGUAGACAAACAGAGAUCAUAUUAUUAUUUUUUAAACUACUACACUGCUGAGCAGAUUGUCUACCUUUGUAGCAAGCUGAUUCAGCAAAAUGUGGUCAAUGUAGAAGACCAAGUUCUCAUGAUGCUCUCAUUCAUUAAACCAAAUUGCACUUCUCAAGAUUUAAGACAAGUGUGGCACACACUUCAAUAUGAAAACCUCACCAGACCAGAAGAGCAGAAUGAAGACCUUGAGUUUCAGACUUUUGUUGUGAUGUCAAGAAGUGAGCUAGAAGAUCCAGAGAUGACAGGAGAUUUGGAUUUUUUGCUGAAUCUUGCAGGAAAAGACAAAGGUUUGCAAGCAUUUGACCAGAUAUGGAAUGCUUAUAUGAAAGACAUGAAGACUUUCCUCCCAACAAUCCUUGAUAUAAAAACUCUUGGCCGACUCUUGGAAAAACUAGCUAAUGGAGUUGACAAGAAUGAAGAGGAUGACAGUGAAGAAGAUAUUUCUGAUGAUAACUUUGGGAAUUUUCUAAAAAGGCAGUUCCCUAAAGGUCUGGAUACUGGAAAGCCAAACCUCAUUGUUUGUCCACAUGAUGACGUCUUGACAUCUUGCAUCUCUAUUUAUAUGAGUAGUUUAAAUGAGGCUCUUCCCACCUAUGAUGAAGUCCUUCUGUGCAACCCUUCAACUCCAUAUGAACAAGUGGAGCUUUUCCUCAGACGCUGCCUUAACACAGGAUACAGGGGUCAGAAAAUAUACUCUCUGGUGUAUGGAGAUCUUCUCACGUAUGAUGUGAGCUCUAAAGUUGAGAAGUUUUUUCAGCGGAUGAAAAUGCAGAGCAGGAAAGAGUACAUGCUUGUUGUCAUCUGCAGCUCAGAAAGAGAGCAUACCUACCUUCCAUCUGCUUUCAGCCAGUACAGGUUACCUAUGAUUCCACAAGAACCAUUUGCCAGAAUUCAGAGAUACUUACAGAAACACUACACUGUCUCAGAAGAACAAUGCAGCGCAGCAGCCUCAUUUAAAGACAGACUGUGUGUUGGUGUUAUCUCAUCCAAAAGAGCUGGUGUUGGUAAAUCUCUGUACAUUAAGAGGCUUUAUGAGAAACUGAAGCAUUCUACCAAAAAGCAAUCGGUAAUGAAAUGCAUUCGCUUGAUUGAGCCUAGCAUUGAUGAGACUGUCAUUCUUCAGUCUCUGUUGGACACCCCUAAAAGAAGACUUGCUGUCUUCCACUUUGAUGUCACAUCAUCGGUGCAGAAAGGUCUUCAUGAGUUCCUUUUCAAAUUGCUGAUUUUACGCUACUUGAUGGACUCUGAGGGAAAGAUGUGGAGGUGCAACACCAAUCAACUUUAUGUCAUGGAGAUUUUAGAGCCCGCUGUGAAGUUGACCAGAAAUGUCACUCAGGAGGUUCAAAUGAUGAACAACACUUUCAUAGAUGUGUUUCCAAAUAUAUUUUGCCGACCACCAAAAGACGUACUUAUGCUAGAGAUGAGAAAGCAAGAGGACCCAACCAUUGUGAGCAGUGAUGACCCACUAAUGGAUGAUAAAGAGUUCAGGAGUGAAUCCUUUCAACGACCAUACCAAUACCUUAAACAGUUUCAUAACCAUGCCGAUCUAGAUGCUAUCACUUACCAGGGUGUUGAGGGAUCCCAUGUGGAGUGUCUGCAGAUGUUUCUUAUGUACUGUGGCAUUAUGGAUCCAUCUUGGGCAGAACUUCGAAAUUUCACUUGGUUUCUUAACCUUCAGUUGAAAGAUUGUGAGUCGUCGGUUUUCUGUGAUGCCACAUUCACUGGAGACACACUAAGUGGAUUCAAAACCUUUGUGGUAGACUUCAUGAUUCUGAUGGCAAAGGACUUUGCCACUCCAUCGCUCAACAUUUCUGAUCAGAGCCCUGGCAGGUUGCAAGUUAAUUUGGCUGGGGUUCGAGAUGAAGACCUGGCUCCCUUUCUCAUCAGAAAAAAAUGGGAAACAGAACCACAUCCAUACAUUUUCUUUAAUGACGACCAUGUGUCUAUGACUUUUAUUGGAUUUCAUCUUCAGCUCAAUGAGCAGAACUAUGUUGAUGCUAUUGAGCCCACCUCCGGAAGGGUAAUCAAAAAGAAUGUCAUGACAAGAGCACUGUAUGAAGGUCUACAGCUCCAAAGAGUCCCCUUUAAUGUCAACUUUGAUAGACUUCCAAGAUGGGAGAAAAUAGAGAGAAUCUGCAGAGUUCUUGGUAUCCAGUGGCCUCUUGAUCCUGAUGAAACAUAUGAACUUACAACUGACAAUAUACUGAAGAUGCUAGCAAUCCACAUGCGGUUCAGGUGUGGCAUCCCUGUCAUUAUCAUGGGAGAAACGGGGUGCGGUAAGACAAGGCUCAUCAAAUUCCUUUGCGAUUUGCAGAAAAGUGGAGUUGCAACUGAAAACAUGAAGCUGGUGAAGGUGCAUGGAGGGACAACCUCAGAGAUGAUCUAUGCUAAGGUCAGAGAAGCUGAGAAUGUUGCUGCUAUCAACAAGCAAGACUAUGGAUUUGACUCUGUUCUCUUCUUUGAUGAGGCCAAUACUACAGAGUCUAUUAGCAGUAUCAAGGAGGUCCUGUGUGACAAGACUGUGAAGGGAGAAAAUUUGACUCCAGUGUCAGGGUUGCAAAUUAUUGCUGCAUGUAAUCCUUACCGAAAGCACACAGAUGAAAUGAUUCAAAGAUUAGAGUCUGCAGGCCUUGGGUAUCGAGUUCGAGCUGAAGAGACUGAUGAAAAACUGGGAUCUAUCCCUCUCCGUCAGCUUGUGUAUCGAGUUCAAGCAUUGCCGCCAAGCAUGAUUCCUCUGGUGUGGGACUUUGGACAGUUAAAUGAUCACACAGAACAUAUAUACAUCCAGCAGAUUGUACAAAGGGUGAUUAAAAGCAAAGAAAUUGAUCAAGCUUAUAUCAUAUACAUCACUGAUGUUCUUUCAGCUUCACAGAAGUACAUGCGGACAAGAAACGAUGAAUGCAGCUUUGUCAGCUUAAGAGAUGUGGAACGCUGCAUGCAGGCUUUUGUUUGGUUCCAUGAUCAUCAUGAAAUGUUUUUUUCAGAGCUUCAGAAAUUUGAAGGUGAAGGUCAUCAAAGGCAUCCUGAGACCAAAGACCCUGUUCUCUGGUCUCUAGUUAUGGCAGUAGGAGUGUGCUACCAUGCCUGCCUUGAAGAGAAGGACAAAUACAGACAGAAAAUCAGCAGAAAACUACCAUCACUAUACACCCCAUCAAAAGUAAUGCAAGAAAUUUCACUUAUGCAGGACUUACUUUUGAGUGGUGUGCCAAUGGGGGAAACUAUUGCAAGAAACAGUGCCCUCAAAGAGAAUGUCUUCAUGAUGGUUCUCUGCAUUGAGCUGAGAAUCCCGCUCUUCCUUGUUGGAAAACCUGGGAGCUCAAAGUCUUUGUCUAAAACUUUAGUGGCAGAUGCAAUGCAGGGCCAAGCUGCUCAUUCUGACCUCUACAAAAGGCUCAAACAGGUCCAUUUAGUGUCCUUUCAGUGUAGCCCUCAUUCAACACCAGAAGGCAUCAUUAAUACAUUCAAGCAAUGUGGGCGAUUUCAGGAAGGAAAGAACCUGAAUGAGUACAUUUCCGUUGUGGUUCUUGAUGAGAUUGGGCUGGCUGAGGACUCUCCAAAGAUGCCACUGAAAACUCUUCACCCUUUGCUAGAGGAGGGAUGCAUUGAUGAUGAGCCCCUACCUCACAAAAAGGUUGGAUUCAUUGGUAUCUCCAACUGGGCUCUUGACCCUGCAAAGAUGAACAGAGGUAUUUUUGUCUCCCGGGGUGACCCUGAUGAAAAGGAACUCAUUGAGAGUGCUAAAGGCAUAUGUUCAUCUGAUGAAAUGGUUCUUGAAAAGGUCAGGGAUUUAUUCAAGCCAUUUGCAAGAUCCUACUUAAACAUUUGUCGCAAACAGGGAAAAGGUUUUUUUGGCUUACGUGAUUUUUACAGCUUAGUUAAGAUGAUCUUUGCUAUGGCCAAGACCUCUCAACAGACACCCACAGCAGAAGAGAUUGUAAAGGCUGUGUUGAGAAAUUUCAGUGGCAAAGAUGAUGUUGAUGUUGUUGUUGUCUUUACUCAAAGACUACAGAUUAAACCCAACUUGGAGAACAUCAGCACCACUGACUUUGUGAAAGAAAACAUUCAAGCAGUUGGACAAGAAGAGGAGUGUCGAUACCUUCUUGUGCUAACAAAAAACUAUGCUGCCCUACAGAUCCUUCAGCAAACCUUUUUUUCUGAAAGUGGUCAACCAGAAAUAAUCUUUGGAUCUAGCUUCCCAAAAGACCAAGAGUAUACUCAAAUCUGUCGCAACAUCAACAGAGUAAAGAUAUGCAUGGAAACGGGUCAAAUAGUUGUGCUUCUGAACCUACAGAACCUAUAUGAAAGCCUCUAUGAUGCUCUCAACCAGUACUAUGUGUACUUGGGAGGGCAAAAAUAUGUGGAUCUUGGGCUGGGAACCCAUCGUGUAAAAUGCAGGGUACACAAAGACUUCCGACUAAUUGUCAUUGAAGAAAGAGAGGUGGUCUACAAACAAUUCCCAAUACCUCUGAUCAACAGGCUGGAGAAGCACUACCUGGACAUUCACACAGUUCUCAAAAUCGAGCAGAAGAAGCUAGUUGAAGAACUGGAGAGAUGGGCAAAGCUUUUUACGUCUCUAAGCAACCAGCAUGCAGCAGGAGUUCAGACAUACAAAUAUCAGCUCCCAGAUGUUUUCAUUGGCUACCACUCUGACACGUGUGCUUCUGUGGUUCUUCAAGUUAUAGAGGAGCAGAAGGACAAUUUGGAAAUCUCAGGUUUUCAGAGGGGAUUACUUGAAAAGGCUAAGCUCAUACUCCUCAAAUGUGCUACACCAGACUCAGUAGUGCGAUUGGACUGCACAGGCCUGCCAAAAGUGGAGAGCAAACAUCUGGCCAAGGUGUACUUUGAGGAACAGAAUAACAGCUCUUUAGCUGUCUACAUACGUGCUCACACAAGGAGAAAAUCCCAUUGCUUUUCCUUUUUCACAGAGGUGACAACGUUCUCCAGACUUUUGACAGCGUUUGAAAUGGAACCUCUAGAACAAAUGUUCCAUAGCGUUGAGCUGCUCUCACUUCAGCAGUUUGACACAGAGCAUUCCUUCCUGAAGAAGAUCAGGAACUUCCUCACAGCUGGAACUGGAAAAAGUAACACUGAACCAUGCAACAAAAUCCUCAUCAUUCAGUGUGAUUUUGAUGAAGCCUCUCACAGUGCCAAUCUCAUUGCAUCUGCAAAGUAUUCAUCAAUAAAUGAAAUUAACAAGGUAACACAGGAAAGCACAGGAAGCAGAGUGUUUGUGUACUUUAUCACACGACUGCCAAGAAUGGAAGGAGGCACAUCUUACAUCGGCUUUCAUGGAGGCCCCUGGAGAUCAGUUCAUAUUGAUGACCUCAGACGCUCAAAAGACAUUGUUUCAGAUAUAAAGACUUUGCAAAACAUGACAAUCAGCCAAAUGUUUGAAACAAAGGCACCUCUUCCUGAAGCCAUGGAGGUGGAUGACAUGUACACUGAGACUGAGGAGGAGAAUGUGGAAGAAAGUGUAAGUAUAGAUUAGAUAUUUCACGGUUCAGAUAAUGCUAUUGACACAACAUCAUUGCUGCGCAGCUGUGUGCAGAGUGCAGUGAGCAUACUGAGCGAUCAUGUGAAAAGUGGCUUUCGCAGCACUCGAAGAGUUGCAAUCCUUUUGACUCUCCUGAGUGACAAUGAUGAAACUAAAGGUGAAUUUCUGCAAACGCUGAAGAAGCGUCUUCACUCAUUGUUAGUGAUUCAUGAUGACAACACAUUGUCAUCUAUCAAGAGCAACUGGGUCCUCAAAGAGGCAUCAAACAUCGAUGCACUACAAGAAGGAGGGACAUUCAGGCAGACUUUAUGGAAGCGUGUUCAGGCUGUGAUUGCCCCCCUCUUGGCACAGCUAGUUUCAGUUAUUGACCGUGACCAAAACAUGGACCUUCUGCUGGAUACAAACUGCUGUGAGUCGGUGAAGAGGUUGUGGUUAGACGUAUUUAGCAAUGAAAAACUGCUGGAAAUUUCUCACCUACCCAUGGACCGCAGGCAAACGAGAACCAUCCUCGUACAAAACUUCAUUGCUCAGGAUGAAAACAUGGGCUGUAGCAUGCCCUUCAGUUGGAGGAUUAAGGAUUAUCUGGAGGAGCUGUGUGUUCAUGUUCUACAGAAUGAGGGACAUACCCAACAAGAGCUUGUUGAGUUCUUUUGGAAAACGCCACUGGGGCGCUACAUAGCAAAAGCAAAUUCAGAGACGCAGAUGGAGUUUUAUCAGCGCUACCUUCAAGAUUUUAUCUCUAUGACCAUGAGCAUCACCUGUCCAGAAGAUCUGCAGCUCCUCCGUAGUGCCUUGAAUUGUUGUGUCACUGAGCUGCGGCUGCAGCUAAACGACACUGAAAUAGUACCCGCUCUUCCAUGGGUCCAUGCUGCUUAUCACAAGUUCAAAAACCGGCUGCAGAAUCUCUUGAGGAUGAUGUGUAUUGAACCCCAAGUGACUAAAGAUCUUUUGGGAAAUCCACAUGCCAGAGACAACGUAGAACUAGUGCUCGAUGUGUAUGCUGCCUUUGCAUGUUUGGAGCAUCUGGAGCCCAGGGUUUUGGACACUGAUGCUCAAAGACAAGUCUGGCUCAGGCAGGUGAAAAAACUCCAGGUUCCCAUUGAGUUGAUCUGUUCAGAAGACAGCGUGAGACAAUAUGGAGAGAGGAGCAAGAUAUUUGUCAGCCGAGUCCAAUCUGGAUGGAAUCGCAUAUUUUCUCUCUCUCUGUUUGUGGAGCAUAUGUUGUUGGGAAUUGAAGAGUUGGACAAGAAGCUGUCACCUUUGGUUUUGGAGAAUACACGACGGCUUGGCCAGAUGCUUGAAAAAAACUCUGACCUCAAAAGUCAGCAGAUGUUUGAGGAAAUCAUCGUCCUGCUGAAAACCUGCAAAGAUGGAGCUGUGGACCGCAUUUUCAAGUUUGGUCUUGUGCAAUGUCCAGUCUGCAUGAGAGACCCUCAGGAUCCUCUCCACUUGCCUUGUGAACACAUCUUUUGUGUAGUCUGCAUCAAACAGUGGCUGAGCCCAGGUCAGAUGUACUGUCCACUCUGCAUUCAGCCAGUUAACGAUGACUUUCCCUUGGUUCCAUCAGAUGAUUUAAGGGUUCUUGUCAGCCGACAUGCUCAGUUUAGGAAGCGGUGCAAUGCUUUCUUCAUAGACCUGGUGUCUACGAUGUGCUUCAAAGAUAACUCUCCACCGUGUUCAGCCGUCAUUCUUAUUUUGCUGUCCUUCCUCAUGGUGGAAGUCAACACUGUUCCCAUUCUCAACGGUAAACGACAAAUGCUGACAAAAGUGCUCUCUCCGUUUGACGAUUCUGCUGAUAAAAAUCCAGUGAUUCGCUCAGUAGUCCUCAAACUUCUGCUGAAAUACAGCUUUGACGAAGUUAAAGAAUAUCUGCAGCGUCAUCUGGUGUCCGUUGAGCAGAGCAACAUUUUGGAGGAGAUGGACAAAACUGAACUCUACUGCAUGUACAUCAACUGUCUGGAGGAUUCCAUGUUUGAGAGGUUGCAGUUCAGGUCUGCUACAGAUCAGCAGGCAUAUUUGCAGGAUGAGUGUGCCUUCCUGACCGAUUACCUACAAUCGCACAGUCAGCAUGUUGAAAAGCCAACUGUGGAUUGCCUGCAGCAGUUGGCUAGAGUGCGUGUGGACCUGGAUUUGACUGCUGACCUGAUCGUGGAAAAAUUGAGAGCCAAAGGUGUGCAUUUUAUUUCAAAUAGAUCCACAGCCUUCCUGGACAGUGUGGUUAACCUGUGUAGGAGGAGUGGAAACGACUGGUAUCGGGUGUAUUUGAUCCGUAAGAUCAGCAGCCAACAUGGAGUGGAGUUCGUCAAGAAACUACUCAAACGGGAUCAAAUACGUUGGCUCUUCCCUGAAGAAGUUCAACAACAGAAUGAAGAAGCCCCCCCAGUAGAUCAAUAUCUUGUGUGUGGGGAAGAUUACAAGACUAUCAGAGAGGCUGUUGCAAAGAUAGUACUGGAAGGCAAAGUGGAAGGACUGGAUGAAAUCUGUGAGGGAUGUAAAUGCCCGCCACAGCAGAAAACCGUUUACCUUCUGUUAUCGUUGUACAGAGAAAUCACCACUCUCUAUGGACAAGCCAAUGAGAGCUUCCAUCCCAAACCUGAGCAUCUUGAAGCCCUGACAACUUACAUCCAGUCAUCCAAAGUCCUUGCUAGUGCGCAGAUGAAGGCCUUCGCUCAGGCUCUAGUGACCAACCGGAUGGAGUCGUUGUCUGUCCGCCCCGGAGCCUCUGGGGCCCAAUGUGUGGCUGUGGAGUUACUUGUUCACUUAGCUGCUGUCCUGCUCUGUGGAAACCAGGGAAUCUUGGCUCCUCUCCAGCAGAUAGCAUUGACACCUGCUAACAUUCAGGCUUCGUUCUUGCCUUCUAUGUCUGAAGACAUGGUAGCAGUGGCCCAAAAAGCUUUGGGUCCAUUGCAGUGGUACAGUUGUCCAAAUGGUCACCCCUACCCUAUUGGCGAGUGUGGCCAGCCCAUGGAAACAAGUCGAUGUGUGGACUGCGGUGUUGUGAUUGGAGGGAACAAUCACAGAGCAGUUCAGGGAUCUCAGAUUCUUCCACCCCAAGGUGACCGCACUCAGACAGGCCACAUCCUCGGUGACCCAGGACGUCGAGACAAUCCAGACAUGUUGGACACAAAGAGCAUUUCUCCGGUUCCCUUCACCAUCAUUCGCAUGCUCACUCACUUAGCAAUGCUGAUUGGAGCCUGCAACAACAUACAGUUAAUCUCUGCAAUUAUCAAGCCUCCGGUUGCAGAUCCUGUUGCAUUUCUUUCUGCUCAUGUGCGAAAAGAUGUUGAACAUCUCAUCAGGUCUCUGGGUAAGGGGACUGAUGACACAAUCAGCACAGUUCACCUGCUAAUCAGCAGCUUACUGAAUCCCCUGCAGCAGCAGACAUGGCCUGUUCCAUAUGACAAUUGGCUCACCACCAAAGACAGUAGAAAUGGAUGGGAGAUUGAAAUGAGCAAUACCAUCAUUACACCUCAACUCAAGCACCUGGAUAGACAGCUGAGAGAAGUGAACGCGUUCAUCCGGGCUGACUCUCGCAUCUCUGCCAAUCCGAUCAUGAAGCUCGUGUUCGGUGAACCUCAUCUCCUCUUGGCCUCACUUCCCCCAAAAUCUCUGAUUCAUUGUUCAGCCGUGUGGAGCUGCAGGGAGAAAGUGUCCCUGCUGAGCCUCACCCACAUCGUAGAGCAGAAUGAUGGCAAAGACACAAUGCCGGUUCUGUGGAGGUUUUUGCACAAGGAAGCAGAGCUCCGACUGGUGAAACAUCUUCCCGAUGUUCUCACACUCCAGAAGGAUCUGGUUAAGAAGUUUCAGAACAACACUGAGCUGACUUACAACACCAUCGCCGAAUUUCUUCACAGUCACAAAGGAGUCUCACUUAAAGCCUGGUAUGCGAAACACAUCCGAAUCUUCCUGACAACUUGGAAUCAGCUCAGAGUGUCUCUGGAAACCAACGGUGAGAUUAAGAUUCCAGCUGAGUUCUGCCAGAAGGACCUGGACCUCAGCAGUGACUUCAAGGUGCUGUUGCCACAGCGACAAGGUGCAGGCCUGUGCUCCACAGCUCUGGUCAGCUACCUAAUUGCUCUGCACAAUGACCUCAUCUACUGCGUGGACAAGCACACUGGAGAGGAGACCAGCUAUAAAGUGAGCCCUGCAGAUCUCACCGAUCUGCAUGUGAUCCGUUACGAGCUAGAGCGGGACAUGAUGCCCCUGGUUCUGUCCAAUACCCAGUACAGCAUCGAGAGGGGCCAGGAGACUCUUCAUGAGUAUGAUUUGCCCAAGAUCCAGCAGCAGAUCAUGUCUCGUUUCCUGCUGGGCAAACCUCUCAUCACCCUCAAUGGCAUUCCAACACUAGUGAACAGACACGACCGCAACUAUGAGAUCAUCUUUAAGGAUGUAAAGGCAAAAGUCGAACAAGAGCCUCUCCAGACUCUCACCCUCUUCUCUGUGGCUGGAGAGCUGCACUCCUACAGCGAGGUGUGUGAAGCUUUGUCCACACUGGAGAUGGCUCUUGGCUUCCUCGCCAUGACUGGGGGCGAGCCUCACAUGCAGCUGUCCACCUACCUGGAGGAGGUGCUGCAGAUGGGAAACCAGAUGGCUCAUCAUAUUGUCAAGGCCUUUAGCAUGUGUUGUCUGAAGCACUGUGUGGCUCUAUGGCAGCUGCUGGCCUCACUCAAAUCAGAAAAUAUGCUGCGGCUCAAAAAGGAUCCAUUUGUGGGAGUUUCAGAGAAAUACAAAGAAGCCCUGGGGGAGGACGAGCACAGGCUUCUGAUUGGUUUCUUCUCUAAGAGCAGCGCUGACAGUUUCCUGUUGGAGAUGCACGAGUUCCUGGUGUUGGUCCUGAAAAAACCCAACGCUCCUGAUACUUACAGGCCUCACUGGGGCUUGAAAGAAACGCUGGUGCCUUACAUGGAGCAUAAAGGCAUGGACGUACCCCCAGAUGUGGAGGAGCUCUUCCCAGAGAAGAUCUUCCUGUCCCAUUGCAUCGAAGCCUGGAAGUUUAUCGUCAUGUUUAAACUGGAGCGUGCUCAGAGACAAUGAAAACAUUUUUUGCUGCCAUCUUUAGAUUUGAUUUAGUAACUUGAGUUUACAUUUACAACCUGAAAUGACAGUAUUGAUA